UUAUUUCAGUGACGUGACGUCACGCCCUACAGUAGUGGUGAAGAUGUCGCUGACGAGUUUUCUCCCUGCACCCACCCAGCUGACUCAGGACCAGCUUGAGGCAGAGGAGAGAUCUCGUGCUCAGAGAUCUCUGUCAACUGCUUUGGUGUCCACCCGUAGAGAACCUCCUCCCUACGGCUUCAGGAAAUCAUGGGUGCCACGGGCCCUCGAGGACUUUGGAGAUGGAGGUGCCUUUCCAGAGGUUCAUGUUGCUCAGUAUCCUCUGGAAAUGGGCAGGAAGAAAAAGACCUCCAACGCUCUUGCUGUCCAGGUGGAUGCUGAGGGGAAGAUAAAAUAUGAUGCCAUUGCCAGGCAAGGGCAAGGCAAAGAUAAGGUCAUAUUCAGUAAAUACACAGACAUGCUUCCUAAGGAAGUGGUAAAUGAUGAUGCUCCUGAACUGCAGAGGCCCGAUGAGGAGGCGAUACAAGAUCUUACAGAGAAGACCAGGAUGGCUCUGGAGAAACAGGUCUCACAGAAAAUUGCGGCAGCCAUGCCUGUGCGUGCUGCAGACAAACAGGCCCCAGCGCAGUACAUCCGGUACACACCUUCCCAGCAAGGACUUGCGUUUAACUCUGGAGCCAAACAGCGGGUCAUCCGUAUGGUGGAAAUGCAGAAAGAUCCCAUGGAGCCCCCACGUUUCAAAAUCAAUAAGAAGAUUCCCCGCGGACCUCCAUCCCCUCCCGCUCCAGUUAUGCACUCUCCUAGCAGAAAGAUGACCGUGAAAGAACAGCAGGAGUGGAAGAUCCCACCAUGCAUUUCAAACUGGAAGAACGCAAAGGGUUACACUAUCCCAUUGGACAAGCGUUUGGCGGCUGACGGAAGAGGCUUGCAAACCGUUCAUAUCAAUGAGAACUUUGCCAAGCUGGCUGAGGCUUUGUACAUUGCAGACAGAAAGGCCAGGGAAGCUGUGGAGAUGAGAGCUCAGGUGGAAAAGAAGAUGGCGCAGAAGGAGAAGGAAAAGAAAGAGGAGAAGUUGAGAGAGUUGGCUAAGAUGGCCAGAGACAGGAGAGCCGGUAUCAAAGCCCAUGGUGACAAAGGUGGAGAGGAGACAGAGGUCAGGGAACGUGAUGAGAUCCGACACGAGAGGAGGAAAGAACGGCAGCACGACAGAAACAUCUCCAGAGCCGCCCCUGAUAAAAGGUCUAAGCUGCAGAGAGAUCAGGACAGAGACAUCAGUGAGCUCAUUGCUCUGGGUCAGCCAAACCCCCGCACCUCCAGUGAGGCUCAGUAUGACCAGAGACUCUUCAAUCAGAGCAAGGGCAUGGAUAGUGGUUUUGCUGGUGGAGAGGAUGAAGUGUAUAAUGUGUACGAUCAGCCAUUCAGAGUUGGCAGAGACAUGGCACAGAACAUUUACAGGCCCAGUAAGAAUGCUGAUAAGGAUAUGUAUGGAGAUGACCUGGACACACUCAUGCAGACCAACAGGUUUGUUCCUGAUCGAGAGUUUUCAGGUGCAGAUCAUGGACCUCGCAGAGAUGGUCCUGUCCAGUUUGAGGAAGAUCCUUUCGGUCUUGACAAGUUCUUGGAGGAGGCCAAACAGCACGGAGGAUCCAAACGAGCAUCUACCAGUGGCCGCUCCAAGGACUACGACCACGAGAAGAAGCGCAGGAAGGAGUGAGAGGCACUUUCGUUGCAGGAUCAAACCCCAUUCCCUCACACACAUACUGCAACCUUUUUGUUUUGUAAUUGUAAAUUGAAUGUUACAAUUUUAGUAGUUUUUUUAAGCCAUCCUCUCGAGUGUAGAUGUGCACCAUUUGUGGUUUCUUUAAUGCUUCUUCAAAGUGUAAAUCUAAAAGUCUUGUACUGCAAAACUGCCCUAAUAAAUUUCUUAUAGAGAAUGA